AUGAAAUUUCAGUACAAAGAGGAACAUCCCUUUGAAAAGAGAAAGGCUGAAGGUGAAAAAAUACGUAGGAAAUAUCCUGAUAGAGUUCCAGUGAUUGUCGAAAAAGCACCGAAAGCUAAAAUCAGCGACCUUGACAAGCAGAAAUACUUGGUGCCGUCAGACUUGACUGUAGGUCAAUUUUACUUCUUGAUCCGCAAACGCAUCCACUUGCGUCCUGAAGAUGCACUGUUUUUCUUCGUUAACAAUAUCAUCCCACCCACAAGUGCUACCAUGGGCUCGCUUUAUCAGGAACACCACGAAGAGGAUUGCUUCCUUUACAUAGCGUACAGUGACGAGAAUUUUAAUAUCGGCAAGGAAGACAGCACAUGGAUAGUUAGUAACUCCUUCAUCAUCUUCACAAUGCAAACAGGAUUCGGAAUGCUGGAAUCCGGGUGCGUUUCCCUAAAAAAUGAAGUAAAUAUUAUGAUGAAAAACGUCGUCGACAUCUCGCUGGGUGGACUUACUUACUGGAUUUUUGGUUUUGCGAUGAGUUUUGGGUACGGGCCGCCUACCAAUCAGUUCAUUGGAACAAGUGGAUUUUUCAUUGAUCCCACAGUUGAUGACCAAUUUAUGGGUCCUAUUUGUGCGGCAUUUAUAUUUCAGUUAAGUUUUGCUACUACUUCUACGACAAUUGUCAGCGGUGCUAUGGCAGAAAGAUGUAAUUUCAAGGCUUACUGCCUGUUUUCUUUCUUGAACACCAUCGUCUAUUGCAUACCAGCAGGGUGGGUAUGGGGUGACCACGGUUUCCUCCACAACUUAGGAGCAGUCGAUAUCGCCGGGUCAGGACCAGUCCAUUUAGUCGGUGGAAUAUCAGCGCUAGCUUGUGCAAUAAUGCUAGGACCUCGUCUAGGUCGCUACGACUACGGUCUGGACCCUCUACCGCUGGGAUCUCCAGUAAACGCGAUCCUGGGACUGUUUGUGCUCUGGUGGGGCUGGCUAGCAUUCAAUAGUGGAAGCACUUAUGGUGUUACAGACGACAAAUGGAAGUAUUCAGCACGCGCUGCAGUUUCUACAGUGAUGGCAAGUAUUGGCGGAGGACUAGUUGGGCUAUUCUUCAGCUUGAACAGUUCCCAGGGAAUAGACAUCCUCAGCCAAAUAAAUGGCAUCCUUGGAGCUUUGGUUGCUGUCACAGGUGGCUGCUUUUUAUACAGAGCGUGGGAAGCUAUAAUUGUUGGUGGAGUCGGCGGAUUUAUUACCUGCUUCACCAUGCCACUGUUUGAUAAACUGAGGAUUGAUGAUCCUGUUGGUGCUUCGGCUACUCACGGCAUAACUGGCAUGUGGGGAGUGAUUGCAAUAGGCCUGUUUGCUGAUAAUCCAUGGCCUCUAACCACAACAAGCGGCAGAAGUGGACUUUUCAAAGGCGGUGGGUGGUAUUUAUUAGGAAUUCAGAGUUUCACUGUUCUAUGCUUAGCAACGUGGUCCUUUUUUUCUUCAAUUACUCUAUUGUGGAUUGUUGAUAAGAUAAUACCUUUGAGGAUGUCGAUGCGUGAAGAACUACUGGGUGCUGAUUUAGUUGAGCACAAAAUCAAGCAUUCAAAGAUUGGAGUGAGCAGAGCAAUGUCGGCAUUAAGACCUUUUACAGGAGAAAAAAAAUUGACUGAUAUUUUAGACAUUGGUGUCAAUCCAGGACAUGAUUUUUUUGUUAAUAAUUAUCGUAAAUCUAAACGUAUGAACAAUUUUAUUAAAAUUAUGGCCCGGAAAAAAUCUAAUCGUUCACCAUUGGCGGUCAAUAAUAUUAAUCAGACGCCAGUUAUUAAUACUCUAGCAUGGGUAUUAUUGAAAGUGACCCACUGCGACACUUCUGUCGGCAGUCCAGGAUCUUUACUAAAAAAAACUUAA